GCCGCCGCCAUCGCCGUCCCCGUCGCAUACUUCGUCGGCGCAGUCAACCCGCCCAAUCUCGCCCUCAUGUUUUCGCCCCGCUACUCGCCCCCGCCGCCCGACCGCGAGAGCAAGAUCGGCAAGGAGAUCACGGCCGAGAUCGAGCGCGAGCUGCAGGAGCUCGCGGUGGUCGCUGAGAUGCGGCAGCUGGGGGAGUGGUACGAGAGCCGCCCAUACGAGAAAUACGACCCGAACAAGAUCCACAACUCGCUGACCGCCGGCUCUCUCCGGGGACCCGGCAAGCUCGCCGUGCCCCCCAUCGCGUUCGCGAAGAACGACGAGAGCGCGGGCGUCGUGGUGCUGCACCUCGGCCGCUCGCUGUGCGGGCACGACGGGAUCAUCCACGGCGGCCUGCUCGCCACCGUGUUCGACGAGACGCUCGCGCGCAACGCGCUCAUGAACAUCCCCACGCACAUCGGCGUGACCGCCAACCUCAACAUCAACUACCGCAGCCCGUGCAUGGCGGACCAGUUUGUGGUUGUGCGCACGCGCCUCGACGCCAAGAAGGGCCGCAAGGUCGUCGUGUCCGGCUCGAUGGAGACGCUCGACGGCGAGCGGCUGGCUGAUGCCACGGCGAUUUUCGUCGAGCCCAAGUGGGCGCAGUUCCUCCAGAGCUCGGGCGUGACGGACGCCCUGGGCGCGCCCGCGGAGACGGCCGAGGUCGCGCAGCCAAGGAUGGUGUAGGGUAGACUGUUGUAGACAUGUAUCGACAUAGAGCUUGGCGCAAGUG